GACACGUUUGGAAAGGAUCGUUUGGCUUUGGUUUCUUCCUGCACUACUUGACGAUUAGCCUUUUGCUUGGUCCUUUAUUCCUGUCGUUUUGAGAUAAGGCGAUGGCAGUAGACUCUCGUCCAGUUAUGGAAUGAUAGCUGUCUGUGCAUGCUGGUCAGUUGUGAGGAAACAAAAAUAUUUCGAAAUAUUUGAUCUCCAUUCACAUGCACAAAUUUGAAGCCGAGCAAGUCUUGCGUACCUGAAAUAGCUAUAUUCAGGUCUUCUGCUAUCUGAUACGGCGAAGAUGCGGUGUGUUAUCCCAGGUUCCCACGUCAAAUUGUUUGGCAAGGCCGUGCAAUGUCUGUCCAAGAUUGGCAGUGAACUAUACCUGGAAGGUGGCGAAGAGGCGCUUGCACUGCGCACGGUCAACUCGUCUCGCUCGGCGUUUGCCUGCGUGACCUUCCACAAGAGCUUCUUUAUCGACUACGAGCAGCGUCGCGACGAUGGCGGCCAUGCCAACACUGCUGCUGCCGGCGGCGGCGUUGGUAAUGGUGGUAACCGUGGCAAUGAUGGUGGUGGUGCUGGUGGUGACUAUGACGACGACGAGGAUCAGGACGUGAAGUGCAAGGUCGGCGCCAAGUCCUGCCUGUCGGUAUUCCGUUCCCUGGCGACACUGGAGAAGACGGUGGACCGCUGCAGUAUAGACCUGGACGUGCUGGCAGCUAAGCUGGUGUUUGUCCUGCAUUGCAAACAUGGCAUCACAAAGACAUACAACCUAGGUUUCCAGGAGUGUGAGUCUCUACAAGCCGUCUUCUCCAAGAACCUCUCCGUCAACGUCAUCACCGCUCAGUCUAAGCUGCUCCAGGAGGUGGUUUCAAACUUUCACAUGUCCCAGGAAGAAGUCACCAUGCGUGCUCUAGCCAGUCGCCUGGCAUUCAAGAAUUACAUCGAUGACGCGCCAGAUCCAAAGAAGGCACUGUUGACCGAGACCCACCUGGACCCCGAGGAGUUUGACCAUUACUGCAUUGGCGUGGAGUCGUCGCUGACAUUCUGCCUUAAAGAGCUACGGGCUAUUCUGGGGUUCCUUGACGCAGCGCAACAAGACGUGACGAUGCAUUUUGAGUCAGGUGGCAAGCCUUUGGUUCUGUGCAUCGAUGGUGACGUAUCGUGGACCGCCGACUUCGUCAUGGCAACGCUGAUGGAGUCCCUGGUCAACCCUGACGCUGCGGCAGCCAAUGACGACACCAACGUCAGCAAUGCUGCGGGGGUUCUGCCACCGGGGGAAAGUCCCACGUCGCGUGUCGACACACAGCUACCGACAUCGCUGGCCAGUCAAGCGACCAGUACGCAGGACAUGCCAACGACUCUUCAGAGAGGUAACAAUGUUCCCUCAGUUCCUGAUCGCCUCACGUCUGUUCGAGCACAGAAGCGUCGUGCUGCAGCUGUUGAGGAUUCUUCUGCCUCCGCCACCCCAGGAACAUCGUCACGCACUCGCAGAAGCACAGUGGGUGAUAGUCCCGAAGUGGAGUGGCCCGACAGUGGAUUCCCGAAACGUGUUCACAGACGACCGUACGAUGACUCCCAAAGCUCCGCGCUCGGCACCUCGUCAGCAAUACCGUCGUCCACCAUCGCUCCCAGGACACCGCAGACACUGGGUGGCAAUAGCAGCAGCAGCAGCAGCAGCAAUCGCCCACGGCGAACCACGGCCCCGUCCCUCGGUACCGUGACGCCGAGUGCGAGAUCUGGUAGUCACAGAUAUGGUGGUGGUGGUGGUGGUGGAGGUACUGGAACUCUGGAGACCAUUGAUGACGACGAUGACUACAACCCCUUCACCGUACCGCUCUCCGAUGACCUCAGCAUGCCUCCUCAUGAGAAUCCUGCUCAAGAAUCUCAGUAUGGCGGUGGCGAUGGUGAUGCUAGCAUGUCAGAUGACAAGAGCUAUGCUAACCCUGGCGCUCAUCACAGACUGUAUGCAGUGGCUAGUCAGGCAUCAUUCGCACCCGGCGAAACCCUGGUGGACGAAACUCCGCCGUCGACAACCACCUCCAGGAACCGCCCUCCAUCGUCAUGGCUACGCUCGCAAGAACGUAAUAACUUCAACCCUAUGGAUACGCCCGUGUCAGGCCUGUCUCAGUUUCCUGUGCACGACUCUUCAGAAUUUGGAUCUAGUGCUGAUCAGGAAUGUUCUGAGUUUGACAUGAGUAUAGUGGAGAACUCGCCUCUGCGUGCUGCUCGUGCUGGAAACCUACCAACAGCAACAUCUCGCUCCUCACACAUGCCUGGCCUGGGCACGAGGUCUACACGGAUGACAGUACCCGCCAGCCCAUCACUAGCAUCCAUCUCCAUGAUCUCUGCUACGCCCGCAAGUUGCCGUGGCAACCCAGCGCAGGCGUCGGAAGCGGACCUGUCAAUGGCAGUUGUCGACGACGACGAAGACGACGCGGCAGACGUUACCAUGGAGAUGAGCGAGGACGCCGUGGUGGACCGAACCGAGUUUGAAAGUUUGGCAGUUGCCAUGGCAUCACCGGGUGCAGCAGCCGAAAACGCGAAUGCAAUGCAACCUGCUGCUUCUCCAAACUCUCGCCAGUUUUGUGCGCUAUUCUUCGGCGGCGCUAUACCGGAGAACUUCUCUACCGGUCCUGCAACAACGGUGUCAGAAGAGGUACUGGCUGAGGACUCGGAUGACGACUGAUGCAACGGCUCCACGGCUGUACCUGUACCUCCAGCGCUGUCUUCCUACAUCACGUCUUUCUAUUCAAUUGUUGCUGAUGAGCUGACAUUGACUUUCCUCUCCUUCCACGUGUAUUGAUAUAGCGUAGCUCUGCUGCUCGAAGCCAGCCUGCCACUGUGUUCGCUACAUUCACCAUUAUCAGGUGUAUUCUGGUGUAGGUUAUUGUCAAAAUAAUAUAAUAAUUAUCAUAGACCACUCGCUUAGCAUCCUUGUACUCGCCAAUGCUUUACGGAGAAUC